AUGGAAUCUGAAGCCUCUCAUCGACACCAAAAGAGGAGCAAGCACACUACCAGUGAUCCAUUUUAUUUUUCUUUUGUUCAAGAUUCAAACUUUACAACCACUGUUCUACCAACAGAGAUCAUUACUGAGAUCCUCUUAAGGCUUCCAGUGAAACCCCUCUUGAAAUUUAGGUCUGUAUCAAAAUCUUGGCUUGGUUUAAUCUCUAGUCAUAAAUUUGUCAACACCCAUCUCAACAUAUCUUCUAAUAACAAGGCCUUUCAUAGGCUUAUAUUGGGGUUCGGUCCACCUGAAAAUAAUCUUAAGGACUGUUCUGUUAAAUCUUUAUUUUAUGACGAUGUUACUAGGGCAAUCGACUUGGAUUAUCCUCCAAAAAAAUCCUAUCAAUCUAUUAAGGUUGUGGGUUCUGUCAAUGGGGUUAUUUGUGUUGCCAUUGAACAAAAAGACUUGUUUCUGUGGAAUCCAUCAAUUAGGAAGCUCAAGAAAAUGCCUAGUUCUAGAACUGGUUCCUUUUAUAUGUAUGGUUUUGGAUACGAUGAGCUUCAUGAUGAUUAUAAGGUAGUGGAUAUCACUUUAAAUGUGGGUGAUGACAAUUCAUAUUAUAAUGUGGGGAAAAUGUACAGUCUAAAUAAUAAUUCUUGGAAACAUUUGGAUGAUUUGCAGAUUGCUAUGUCAUUCAAUAACUCAGGUAUGCUUGUGAAUGGGAAGCUUCACUGGGCUAUUACUAAUAAGUAUUCUGGUUAUUAUAAUGAUUGUGUCAUCUUUGUGGUUGACUUGGCUAAUGGGAGAUGGGAAGAAAUGGAGAAUCCUUGCUACGGAGAAGGAAAUUUUGAUUUUACGCCGUACCUUGGUGUAUUAGGAAAUGAUCUGUCUAUGAUUUGUCAUCCUCUAAUGACUCAUGCAGAUGUGUGGGUUAUGAAGGAGUAUGGAGAUAAAGAGUCUUGGACAAAAAUGUUUAACAUCAGGUGUGUGGGAUAUAGUUUCUUUGGUCCACAUUUUUGCAUAUCAAGUGAAGGUGAAAUUUUGUUUAAGAAUGGAUCAAAUAUCAUAAUUUGCAAUCCAAAGGAUGACUCAAUGCGAUUUCAAGAGGUUACCAAUUGUGGUCAACUUGUUGACGCAAAGCUCUACAUUGAAAGCCUUGUUUGGCCUUUUGUUGUGGAACAUACAAGGAAUGCAACAACAUCAAAGGCAACACAUAAUUAA